AAAAUAUUAAAAAACGAACACGUUUCAUGAAAACGUGCAAUGUUAGUGGCACACGCAUCGCCACGCACAGUGCGAUAGAACGAAUUAAAAGUAAACAAGCUCAAUAAAUAUCUGUACUACAGGAUACACAAAAAUAUAAAUAAAUUAAUAUUAACUACAAAAUAAUGGCUGGGAAACAAGGAAAAGAUUUAGCAUUGUCGAUGCUACGAACAUUGCCAAGAUUAUGUUUAAAUAACAUUCGAGACAAUCCCGGCGCAAGGAAGCCUUCCAAACGUGGUCGGGGACAACACGGUGGUGACAAACACGGAGCUGGUAACAAGGGAUCGGGUCAACGGCAGAACUAUAUGAGAACUGGAUACGAGACUGGGAAUACUCCGUUCUAUCUUAGAUUCACUCGGGAACCGUAUUAUAAAGGACAUCAUUUAAGGAGAGAGUAUCCUCCUUUAUCUCUACAAACGUUGCAAAUGCUCGUCGAUUUAAAUAGGGUCGAUGUAUCUAAACCUGUGGAUCUUGUAUCGCUACUCAAUACAGGAAUAUAUAAUAUUAAAGUAGAACAUAAGCACGCUGGUGUACAUCUUACAGACGAGGGUGCUGAUACUUUCAAAGCGAAGCUAAAUAUAGAAGUUCAAUGGGCCAGCGAACCCGUAAUCGCAGCAAUUGAGAGGAACGGUGGUACUAUUACUACCGCCUAUUACGACACUCAUUGCAUAUUCGCAUUGGUGGACGUAGAUAAAUUUUUCACCACAGGAGAACCGAUACCACGUAGGAUGAUGCCACCAACGGAUUGCUUAGAAUAUUACAUGAGCGCGGCAACGAGAGGAUACUUGGCAGAUCCUGAACAAGUUUCUAAAGAACGCUUAGUUCUAGCUCAGAAAUAUGGUUACGAGCUACCGAAGAUCGAAGAGGAUCCAGAUUACGAAAUGCUCAUGGAACGUAAAGAUCCUAGGCAAUUAUUUUACGGACUUGAACCUGGCUGGGUGGUCAGUCUUAAGGACAGAGCUAUACUCAAACCGAAAGCUGAUUACCUUAAAGAGUUUUACGCUAGUUAAAUUAUUGUAGAAUGUACAUUUGGUAAAUAAAAAUAUGUUACGAACAAAA